ACCUCCAAACUCCACAAAACCUAACCCCUUCAAAACCCUCUAAACCCCCGUUCCGUUCAACCCCCUUCUCCUCUCCGUUUCCCGUUCAACGGACACAUUCACAUGGCAGUUAUGUCACUUGGGGACCAUUUGCCCACCACAUUCCUUUUGGCUCUCCCUCUAUUAAUUAUCUCUUCCAAGAUUGGAUCUUCAUGGUUAUCUCAAACUCGCCAUUGAAGCUCUCUAAGAUCACCACACUCAUCAUCUCAAACCUCCGUAGUUACUAGCUUCACCCAUUUAACCCUUUCUUUGCUUCUUCUUCUUCUUCUUCUUCUUCCUCUUUCAAAUCCCACUUCAAGCAGAGCUUAGUUUUGACAAGAUGUUGCAGGGUUUAAUCUCGCCGGAGAGCUUCGCCGGAAAUGGUGCGGUUGACCUGAUGGUGCAAGAAAGGUUGAAGUGGCAGCGGCAACAACAACCGCAGCCGGCGACUGAUGUUGUGGGUUCUCAACUGAGUUCGAUUGAAUUCUCCUCUGCGCCUCAGUUUCAUGGUUUGCUCGAGAAUGUCGCUGGCGGGAGACUGUUUGUUCAGCCGAAAAGACAGGAAGCUUUUCUGGGUAGUUAUGAGUUGCCGAAAUUCGGCAAGUUUUCAGUGGUGGGAACGGAUUUGGUUGGUGGCAGGGUGGAUUUUCCGGCGUCUGAUUGCCGUGUAGAGGCAGCAGACAUGGCGAUGGUGAUGAAGAAAGAGGAAGAGAAAGUUGAAGGCGAAGCUUUUGGCUCAACUGAGGAACAGAAGUUUAACAAGAGAAAAACAGAGGGUGUUGGAAGAGAGGAAUAUAAAGAGAAAAGAAUUAAAACAGAGGUGGAAACAGAGUCCAGCUUCAAAGCUAAAAGCAGUACAGACACAGAAACUUCAAAGCAAAAUUCCACAACUUCCCAGGCUCAGAAACCAGACUACAUUCAUGUCCGGGCUCGUCGUGGCCAGGCCACGGACAGCCAUAGCUUAGCCGAAAGAGCUAGAAGAGAAAAGAUCAGCAAGAAGAUGAAAUGCCUGCAAGAUUUAGUUCCUGGCUGCAAUCGAAUCACCGGAAAAGCUGGAAUGCUUGACGAAAUCAUCAACUAUGUUCAGUCUCUUCAAAGACAAGUUGAGUUCUUGUCUAUGAAACUUGCUGCUUUAAACCCAAGUGUCGAGUUCAAUCCAUCGCAACAAUGCACCGCGAAUUGUAUGCUAGAUGUAUCGAUGGAUUUCAUUUCUGCUCAAACACCACCUCUCGAGAGCACGAGCUCUUCGGUUUCUCUUCUGAAAUUAUGUCCUGAUUCUUUAAGCAAAAUCUGUCAAGCUCAGUCCUUUUCCACUUGGGAUAAUAUUGAUGCACAAGCCCUUCUCAAUUUGUACAAUUUUGGUUUUAACUGAAGAUGACGUCUCUAAUAUUCACAGGAAUCGAUGACUUCGGACUCUGUCACGAGCAACAACGUGAUCUUGCCGGAACCGGAACCAAACUUGUACGGGGGAAUUAAUUUCUAGGGCUUUCGAGGGAUCUACUGAUAAAACGAUAGAAACAUAUUGUACAUAGAAUGGAAAAUUCUAAAGAUUUCAGGGCAAGAUUGUUCGUAAGAGACAGAGUCAUGUUCUAUAGCUUUCAAACUGUAACGGUACUAGAGUAGGUACUUAUUGUGUAUGUAUAUAUAUAUGUGUGUGUGUAUAUGUAUAUGAGUUGUAUAGAAGAAAAAAGAUAGAGGAUGAGGACCACACCAUUAAGAUGAUGAAAAUAACGUUUGUAAGAGAAGAAGAAGAAA